AUGAACCUGUCGGUUGACCAAUUCGAAAAGCUUUUAUCCGUCAUCAGCACCCAGCAGCGGCGAGGUUCUUUUGCGACCUGUAAACUGUCAUAUAAUGGCGUGCGAGAUACUGAAACGGUGGAAUCUUUCCUUGCGGCGACUUCAGUGUUCAAAUCUGUUGAACAGAUAUCCGAUGAAGAUGCCAUUAAGAGUAUUCCACUUAUUCUUAAAGAAGAAGCUGCUACUUGGUGGAAUGGUGUUAAAAAAGAAGUCAUGGGUGACUUCGAAUCACGUGUUCGACACGCAUUUGCCCCUAAGAGACCAGCAUACCAGUUGUACCAGAACAUCGUUGGUCAAAAUGCCAAGAGAAAAACAGGAACUUUCGAUGCCUUGCUGAAAGCCGCUAGAGGAGUUGAACAGCUUCUAACAGAGAAGAAGCUUCCAGAAAAUGGAACUUCCGAAAACGCAACAACUAGCGUUAAAAAGAAAAGAUGCAACUUCUGUCGUUUGCCAGGACAUUCGAUCGAGAAUUGCCUGAAGAAGCAGAACAAGCGACUGUAG